AUGAGGCUCAGAAUACCGAGACGUUAGGGGGUGUCCUUUGAAGAGCUGGGAAAACCGCCGAGGCAGUGCCAGUAAUACCGACUAAAGACGUUACCAACCCCGUAAUUUAACGUUUUCGUACCAGUGGCAGCCGUUAACGAUGAUGAACGGACAGAUGAAUGGUUUUCAUAACUCCCUCAUUGACGAGGACUGCUUCUUGUUCACCUCGGAGUCCGUCGGGGAAGGACAUCCCGACAAAAUCUGUGACCAGAUAAGCGAUGCAGUUUUGGACGCCCAUCUGAAGCAGGAUCCAGAUGCCAAAGUUGCAUGUGAGACCAUUGCCAAGACUGGGAUGAUCCUACUGGCAGGUGAGAUUACCUCACGGGCCACGGUGGAUUACCAGAAAAUUGUUCGUGACACCAUCCGCCAAAUUGGAUAUGACGACUCCUCCAAAGGUUUUGACUACAAGACGUGCAAUGUUCUUGUGGCGCUGGAGCAGCAGUCUCCUGACAUUGCUCAGGGUGUUCACAUUGAUCGCAAUGAGGAGGACAUCGGAGCUGGGGAUCAGGGUUUGAUGUUUGGAUACGCCACUGAUGAGACUGAGGAGUGCAUGCCUCUCACAAUCGUUCUUGCCCACAAGCUGAAUGCCAAGAUGGCUGAACUGCGCCGCAAUGGCACCCUUCCAUGGCUCCGACCAGACUCAAAGACACAGGUUACUGUACAAUACCGCCAGGACCGCGGUGCCAUGCUGCCAGUGCGUGUGCACACUAUUGUCAUCUCUGUCCAGCACGAUGAAGAUAUUUGCUUGGAGGAGAUGAGAGAUGCUCUGAAGGAGAAGGUCAUCAAGGCGGUUGUUCCCUGCAUUUACUUGGAUGAUGACACCAUCUACCACCUGCAGCCCAGUGGUCGUUUUGUCAUUGGAGGUCCACAGGGAGAUGCUGGCCUCACCGGACGUAAGAUCAUUGUAGACACUUACGGAGGCUGGGGAGCCCAUGGUGGCGGAGCCUUCUCUGGGAAGGAUUACACAAAGGUGGAUCGCUCUGCUGCUUAUGCGGCACGCUGGGUGGCCAAGUCCCUGGUGAAAGCUGAGCUUUGCAGGAGGGUGCUGGUCCAGGUGUCGUAUGCCAUUGGAGUUGCCCACCCCCUCUCGAUUUCUAUCUUCCACUUUUUGACCUCCCACAAGGGUGAGAGUGAACUGCUUGACAUGAAGAAGAACUUUGAUCUCUGGCCUAGAGUCAUCAUCAGGUAACCUUUGAAGCCACCUCCUCACUGAUAGCACAGUUCCUGGAGGAUUGCUGUAUGUUAGUUUCUCCAAUCUGUAGUUUAUUAUAUCCAAAUAAACUAUAUAUAGAUUAUUAAUUAGGGGGUGAGGUAAUAAACAAAUUGCAUUAGGUUAAACACCUAAGCUUCAGUGGGGGCAAACAGCUUAUUUAGUGGGGGGUCUUGUAUUUGGAUUAUUUAGCUCAGUUAGUGGUUUUAUAAAUGGGAGGAGUUUGGUUUCUGCAAGCUGCAAUGUCCUGUGGUUAGCAGGGUAAGUGUUGCGUCUUCACGUUCCUCUCUUUACCAGCCAGCCAUCUAAUUGAUUUUUUUCGCUGUCGCCACUCCCCACUGGCUAAUUCGAGUAUUAUGCCUGUGUGUGUGCAUUUGAGGUCACUGGAUGUGACUGCUGCUAAAGAGUCUGAUUAUGUAUUCCAGGGAUCUGGAUCUGAAGAAACCCUUGUAUCAGAGGACCGCAGCCUACGGCCACUUUGGCCGAGACUCCUUCCCUUGGGAGGUCCCCAAAAAACUCAAAUACUAAACCUGUUAAGCUUUUACCCCCAGGCUUGUUGGUGUAUACUACAGAGAAGCCUCCAAGGUUCCGGGGGUGAAAUGCCCUUUUCUCUCAUAUUGGUACCAUUUAACACAUUAACCGCUUUCCUCACUCCACCUCCCUUCUUUUGUCUUGUUACUGUUUUUCUGCUGAUUGCAGUAUCGUGCUGGGUCCCAGGAGGCAUGCCUCAGAAACUUGAUGUUUUAAAGAACUAGAUGAGUUCCAUGAACUCAUGCACCGUAGUACUUACUGUUCUCCCACGUCUUGAGGUUCCCCCCGCUUCGUAUUGUGAUGCGCUGAGUAGCGGCGUUCAGCCCUCAUUUUUGGCAUUCCACACUCAUCACUAUCGUCACUAUCACUGUCAUGGCGGUAGUAUAAUAGGCUUUAUGUGAUAUUCCUCUUAAUUUACUGGUGCUACUAAUGAGUCUGCAUGACAUCUAAAAGAGAAAAAUAAUUUCAAAGUCCUCUCAAGUGCAUAUUUGGAGUCGUGUGAUCUGGCUGUGUCCCCCUAAAAUUGUUAGCUUCUCCAUUCCUCCUGUUGUCAGCCUGGUACGGUUGUUCCUUGACCCCCAGUGUUCAUUUAUCCUUUUUGUUAGCUUGUUUUUUUUCCCCUCAUCCUUGUGGAGGAUGCUAGAAUGGCACAAUUUAAAAUUCAAGGGUUGUUGCUGUUUUCACUAUUUAAAAAAAA